ACCCAAAAGCUAUGAUACCGCGUACGUCUGCAUCUAAUGUUUACCGAAUGAAUCGGCAAAACGACUAGAUUCCUAUCAUAAUAACAUUGAAGUAAAGUGUUUUCGUAAUAAUCAUCAAAUAAUAUAAUAAUGUACAGUUUUGAAGGAGACUUUCGUAGGAAACCAGUUGUGUCUCUUCGGGGCGCUAGUAAAAAGGAGGAAAGAACAACACUGUUAAAGCGAGCUCAAGAAGAACGAAAUAAAAGAGAAGAUCAAAGAUUAAGACAAGAAAAUGCCAUAAAGAUCCAGAAAUAUUACCGUGGCCACAGGAUACGAAUGGAACAGAAAGGAGCCAUGCAAUUCCAGUUUGAUAAAAUGAAGACAAUGGUGGGGAAAGGACCAUACACUGAAAAUACCCUACAAGAGUUUGUGAAGUUGAUCUGCAAGUUUUAUGCAGACAAGGUGGAUGGUGAACGGCUGGUAUGGCUGUGUCAGCUGCUGGUGAAGCAUAAAGACGUCUACCUAAGAAUUCUCACCAGUGAUUCCACUCAGGGACACCUGCAGAUCAAGAACAUCCUGACACUUUGUCUCAGAUAUCUGACGAGUAUUGUUGACAGUGGACAGUCCAUAGCAAUCCCCAUGCGUAUGUUGGAGGUAUUCACAACUCCUACCACUUUACAAAACCCCAACUUUCUUAAGACCCUGUGGCGAUGUCUCAUUGAAAAGGGGUAUUUUGAGUGCAUGCGUCGCCUUUUGGAGCACAAGGUGCCAGGCAGCAUGGAGAGGGGUCCCCAGCCCCCCACACCUGUGGCUGGCAGCAUUCUUGACCUGGUCAUGCAGCCCAUCUGCUAUGCUGCGCAGUGUAAAGACUCAGCAUUCAGUCAACAGGUUCUAAGUUAUGUUUGCAAGACGUUGCUGUGUCCAGCCUACUCAGAGCAGGUCUCACAGUUCCUCAUACCUGCAAUGGCGUAUGGCAAAUACCCAUUUCCCUUUGUGGAUCUGAUUACCACCUUGAUCACAGGGAGCAAAGAACAAGGUGCUGGGAAGAACAAAGGCUCCGGCCAAUCUUCUUCCGAGAAGCCUGCACCUAUUGAAAAAACAGCAUGGCUUCUGGGUGCAUUUGUCACUCUUGGAGCUAAGGCACUGGAUGAUCUUCCCCACUCUGCAGUGUGUGGGUACCUGCAGGUGAUACAGUGGUUACUGCCUUCAUUGCCAGCAGCCCGUGAUGAUGAUGAUGAUGACGAUGAUUCUGAUGAGGAAGAGGACAUGGAGACAGAUGAUGAUAGUGAGCUGGCAGAGGUCAGGGAGGCGUGUUUGUCAGCCCUGGACUCACACACACACGUCAGCCAGAUAGUGGGACUGGUGGGGAAGGUUCACUGCAAGGCACCCGUACUGCACGCUGUAGCCGUCAUAUGUCACUGUUUGAUCAGCCAGCACAGAUACUCCAUCCAUAGAAGAAGAAUGCUGUUCAGUCUUGCUUACAAUCCGACAUUUAUAAGAAAUCUGUGGAAGUUUUGUGUUCAAGAAUCCACGGUCACCCACACCAGGGAGACCAAGCCCCUUAUUCACCUGCUGAGCUGCAGUCAGGCUAUGGAGGGGACCGACAUGGCUCGUAUUGUCCCAUUGCUGUCUACAUUCUGCUCCAUGUUCAGCCAUUCUCUCCACACACUGCACGAUGCUGACUUUUAUGGGGGUAUCAAAGGUCCUGGAUCAAGUAUGCCGUUUGAAUUGAAAGAAGUAGAGAAUAUGUCCAUGGCGUUGAGAGAUGUAUGUCUGGGCAUACUAGAGCUGGCCCAUCCAGACGCCAGGCCAACAGUCAAUGAUGACUACAGACGUGUUCUUGCUAAUAAAGGCCAGAGGAAGGAUACCAAGGAGUUGAGCAAGGAAACCAAAGAGUGGGGAAGUUUGUUUAAGGUGGUUGCUGGCCUUGUUCGGCAAAUAUAUACUAGAGACUCAAGAAAGUCAUUCUGUGGCAAAAAUCAUUGGCUAACUGACAGGUUCAAAAUCAUUGCAGAUGCACCAUCACAGAUCUACGGUUCUUCUAUGUUGGUCCGUCGCCCAUUUGUUACCAUGCAGUCGUUGACCCGUAUCAACGCGGAGGAAGGCGGACCACCGCUGUCAAACAGGGACGUCAAGAACCUUGUAAUUCUCACUGAGCUGCCCUUCGUUGUAGCUUUCCAUGAAAGAGUGAAGAUAUUUCACAAGUUUCUGCAGAAGGACAAGGAAGAAUUCCAGACCGAGACCAGUCAGUUCAUAGGCACCCGAUCUGUCAGUGUGAUGAUCAGGAGGAACUAUAUCUAUGAGGACGCCUUUGAAAAACUAUCACUAGACAAUGAGCCCAACUUGAAGUACAAGAUGCGUGUUCAGCUGGUGAAUGCAGCAGGGAUGGAUGAGGCAGGUAUAGACGGGGGCGGCAUCUUCAGGGAGUUCCUUGGACAGCUGCUGAAGACUGGCUUUGAUCCCAACCGAGGGUUCUUCAGUCAGACCACUGACAGUGGCAGACUUCUGUUUCCCAACCAGCAGUCUGCUCUACUGGUGGAUAACUUUGAACAACAUUACUUCUUCCUGGGCAGGAUGCUGGGAAAGGCAAUCUAUGAGAACAUGCUGGUUGAGCUCCCAAUGGCGUCCUUCUUCCUGUCUAAGCUGCUAAGUCGUCACCUCGGCAACUUGGACAUUGACCACCUAGCCUCCCUCGACCCAGAGAUCUACAAGAACCUGCUCUUCCUCAAACACUACGAGGGAGAUGUCAGCGAUCUUGGCCUCGACUUCACUGUGGCUGGUGACGAGUUCGGGAAAACAAAGGUUGUAGAGCUGAAACAUGGUGGCCGGAACAUACCAGUUACAACCAACAAUCGCAUAGAAUACAUUCACCUGAUGGCAGACUUCUAUCUAAACAAGCGGAUUCACAAGCAGUGUGCUGCAUUCCGUAAUGGUCUGUCUGACCUACUGAACCUGGAGUGGCUGCGGAUGUUUGACCAGCAGGAGUUACAGGUGCUCAUCUCAGGUGCGGCGGUACCCAUCGACAUAGACGACCUACGCACGUACACCAACUACAGCGGGGGGUAUGCGGCCGACCACCCGGUCAUCAAGAUGUUCUGGGAGAUAGUGGAGGACUUUACAGAUGAACAGAAGAGGCAGUUACUCAAGUUCAUAACAAGCUGCUCUCGACCACCUUUGCUGGGAUUCAAGGAGCUGUAUCCAGCCUUCUGCAUCCACAACGCAGGCCGGGAGGCAGACCGACUUCCUACGGCAAGCACCUGCAUGAACCUGCUCAAGCUCCCAGAGUUCCAUGACUAUGGAAUGCUUAGAGACAAGCUCCUGUACUCCAUUGAGUCAGAAGCAGGCUUUGAACUCAGCUGAGAAAAUAUGAGAUAGAUAAAUUAGAAAUAUUUAUAAUCUUCAAUAAGUCCUGAGUAACAGAGGUUUAGCUCUGACUGAUGCUCCAGAUGUGGAUAGAAGAUAGAACUGGGGGUUCAUCUUAGAUAGGACCAUACCACUGUUGUUUCAUCAUGAUAAACAUAACGUGUGUGGUGUUUUUGUCUAGGGCAAAUUAGCGCAGCUCUGUGCCUGUUUUUUUUUGUCCAACACUUAGCUCUUACAUAGGAAAAUAGUGCAGUGUCCUUUAAUCAACUGAUAUAUUGUCCUUCACAAGAAAUUUCGUAUUGAUCAUUAAAUAUCAAUUCGAUACAUACAUAUAAAUACAGCUGUUAGUCUAAAUUUCACCUGAAUCAUCACCAUUGUAGAAUAAGUAUAAAUAUAAUAUAAAACUUAUUAUACACUUGUCUUUUUGUAAAAAAUCUCCAACAAGUAAUCAAUUUUUGAAAAAGUUUUGCUUUUUAGGUUCAUUUCGCAUUCAAUUUCAUGAUUUUGACUAUCAAUUAAAAUUAUUUACUAAUAAUAAAGCAUUGUGUUUAAAAUUAUAAAUUUUGGGGGAGCAUAUAGUCGCCGCUUCCUCUGUCCGUGCGUGUGUCCGUCCGUGCACAAUUUUUGUCCGGGCUAUUUCUCAGCAAUUAAUGACCGGAAUUCAAUUAAACUUUAUGGGAAGCUUCACUACCAAGAGGAGAUGUGCAUAUUAUCAGCUGGUUCUGGUCGGAUGAUUUUUCACAGAGUUAUGGCCCUUUGAAAUUUUCCAUUAACUGUACAUAUAGUGCAAUUCUUGUCCGGGCUAUUUCUCAGCAACUAAUGACCGGAAUUCUAUGAAACUUUAUGGGAAGCUUCACUACCAAAAGGAGAUUUGCAUAUUAUCAGCCAGUUAUGGUCCGAUGAUUUUUCACAGAGUUAUGGCCCUUUGAAAUUUUCCAUUAACUGUACAUAUGGUGCAAUUCUUGUCCGGGCUAUUUCUCAAGCAACUAAUGACUGAAAUUCAAUGAAACUUUAUGGGAAGCUUCACUACCAAGAAGUGAUGUGCAUAUUAUCAGCCUUUUCUCGUCAGAUGAUUUUGAGUUAUGGCCCUUUGAAAUUUUUCAUUGUACAUAUAGUACAAUUCCUGUCUGAUCUAUUUCUCAGCAACUUAUUACGGGAAUUUAAUGAAACUUUAUGGGAAGCUUAGCUACCUUGAGGAUAUGCGCAUGUUAUUUGUGGGUUCUGGUUAGAUGAUUUAUUUAGAGAGUUAUGGCCCUUUGAAAUUUUUAAGUUGCUUAACCAUCCAUCGUAUUAUUUUGUCCAAAGUUAUGCCCCUCAAGACGUUUUCUUUUAUCUGAAUAUAUAGUGCAAUAUUGUGACCAAAAAAACCUUUGGGGAGCAUCACCCGUCUCCGACUGUUUCUUGUUUUCUUAAUCCACACAUUGCCAAUACUGAAUUUAUCAUUAAAAAAUACUUCUUAUGGGUUAUCUUUAUUUUCAAUAUUUCAAUAUUCAAAAUACUAUGUUUUUUUAUAUCAAAUACAUUAAAUGUAUUUGUAUU